GUUCCUUCUCCGAAACCACAAAACUCUCUUCCUUUAUAUACACAAAACCAACUCUCAUUUCUACAUCAUUAAACCUCCUCAAAACACAAAUACCCAUCUCUCAAUUUCUCUCACUCUAUAUCUCAAAAAUGGCGACUCCUAAAUCCUCAACAAGACCAACCCACCAAACCCCAAACCCCAAUUUCCACGACCUCUUCCCCGCCAUGGCCGGCAAACUCGGAGGAGAAGGUCUAAUCGACGAGCUCUGCAAAGGAUUCGAGCUCCUCAUGGACAGAGACAAAGGAGUCAUCACUUUCGAGAGCUUGCGGCGAAACGCAUCGACGGUUCUUGGACUCGGAGAUCUGACGGACGAGGAUGUAAGGUGUAUGAUCAACGAAGGGGAUUUCGAUAGGGACGGUGCGUUGAAUCAGAUGGAGUUUUGUGUGCUCAUGUUUAGGCUCAGCCCUGACUUGAUGGAUGCGUCACGGUGCGUUGUCACGGAGGCCAUCGAGGAGGAGUUUGGUGAUGGAACGCGCCGGCAUUGAUAGAUAACCUUCUUUCUUGGGCAGAGACUUUGACUUUUUUUUUUCUUUUUCCUUUUGAUUAUUGUUGCAAUUCGUAUAAAUUCGUGGAUAUUAUAAACUGAUAUGGAAAAAAAAUGAAUGAGAACAGAAAAAAAUAUUUAAAUACAAACUGCAAAUUCAAUUCUUCAGCCUUUACAGUAUCUUUUUUUUUCCACUCGAAUGAUUUUUAUUUUAACCUUCCACUUGUGAAAGUUGAUGAGCAAGCAAGUUUUAUGCGAUUUUGUUUCAACAAAAGAAAAAAAUACUAGUAGCUCUGGCUAAGCUGAGCAAGUCUUGUCUCUUGUCAUAUAUGAGGUUCGAAAUAUGUUGGUAUAUCUUGAACAAAUUAUAUACACUGGUCUGGUUAUCUUUUC